AUGAACGACUACUCAAUUGAGAAGAAACUAUUCCUGCUUCACUCACAGAAUGUAAGUGUGACUACAUGGUAAAUUUGUUCUCCGUUCGAUCUGUGGGUUUCAGAUUGUUUUAAUCUUUUUUCUAAGCCAAAACGGGGCGGGAUUGAUCUGAGGACUCUUAGAGCCAUAUACGAGCUUCUUAUCCACUUUACCGACUUUUUUCAUCUGAUUAAACCGAAUUAUCAUUGUCGGGAAGUCUGAGAAAGCCUUAAAAGUUUACAAAAAUGACAAAAACUUGAAAAUCUUCGACAGGGAACGAUCCAGUAGCCUUUCUGACCAUAAUUCAAUAUCUAAGCCAAUUUAUUAACUUAUCAAUAAUAAAAAUCAAAAAAUCAACGUCAAAAAAGAGCCAAAUAUUUUUUUAAUGGCAAAAAAUUACCAGUUCUUGACAGGGAAUGAUCCAGUGGUCUUUUUGACAUAGAUUCACUUUUCCACCCUUUAUAAUACUUCGAAGAAAAUCAAUAGUUACCAUAAAGCCGGAAAAAGCUCAAAAAAUAGACGGAAAAAAAGACAAAAAUGAGUUUUCUUUUAUUAGGUUCGAUCAUGGGACCUUUCGCAUCAUAAUUCUAUAUAUUUUUCAACUUAUUGGCUCCAUAACACUUUCAAGAGCACCCAAUAGUUAUAGGAAUACUUUAAGAACUUGGAAAAUUGGAAAGAAAAAACAGCAAAAAUGAACUGCCGUGCACCGAGAACGAACCUGUGACCUUUUGAGCCAUAGUCUAAUCUCUCAACCACUAUACCAACGUGUUAUAAUUCAGAAAAAGCACCUGAUAAUUAUCAUAGAAUCUUCGGGAACCUCAAAAACCUGGUCAAAUAUUCCGAAAAUAAACAGCAAAAACAAACUGCCGUGCACAGGGAACGAACCAGUGACCUUUUGAGCCAUAGUCGAGUCUCUUAACCACUAUACCUACUCGUUAUUAUUAAGAUAAAGCUUCUAAAAUUGUCGUAGCACCUUUGAAAACCUCAAAAACCGGAAAACUUGAAAAAAGAAAACAGCAAAAAUAAACUGUCAUGCACCGGGAACGAACCAGUGACCUUUUGAGCCUUAGUCUAAUCCCUUAACCACUAUACCUACUCGUUAUUAUUGAGGCGAAAUAUCUAAAAUUCUCAUAGGAUCUUUGGAAACCUCAAAAACCUAGUCAAAUAUUUGGAAAAAAAACAGCAAAAAUAAAUUGCCGUGCACCGGGAACGAUCCUGUGACCUUUUGAGCCACAGUCUAAUCUCUGAACCACUAUACCUACUCGUUAUUGUUUAGAAAAAAUCAUCUAAUUGUAAUAACAAGAUAUUUCGGAAAACCUCAAAAACCUGGUCAAAUAUUUGGGAAGCGUGAGCAAAUUUGCACAUCGGAGGGGGGCUCUUUCUCACGCUUCCCCCGGGGUUCGGCAUUGAAACACAAAGAUGGGAAAUGAUGAUGAGUUGAUCCGCAUCGGAAUGUCUGAUAUGAUAGGGUCGGCACGUCGAGGACGCCGCCCACUACAUCCAGCUCCUUCGGCGGCUCGCCGAGCAGUUCCAGACCAGCGGGGGAGCCGAACUCGAGCCGGAGCAUCUCAGACAGCUCCAGGACCUGGUCAUCUCUCUCCGUACACAGAGUUAUAGGUAAUUUUCAUCUCAUCUCCUGGGAUCAUAUCAAAAAAUACAUAAUAAAGAGGCGGGGCCAUUCAAAAAAGAUUAAAUGAAGUCAUAAUUUUUUUUUCAGAGAUUGAAUUUUUCUGUACUAAAAAUAGCUUCGUAUAGGAAUAGUUAGAUGAAUUUGAAUAAUAUUAAAUGACGUCGUAAUUUUUGUAUGAAUGACGUCACAAUUUUUGAAUAAAUGACGUCAUAACUUUUGAAUAAAUGACGUCAUAGUUUUUGAUGUUGAAUAAAUUGAAUGACGGAAUAAUCUUCAUAUCAAAUGACGUCAUGAGCCAAGAAUUUUCCGAUUUUUUCAGAAUAAUCCCAUCGAAAAAUGAAUUCGGGUUAUUCAAUAAAUCUUUCACAGUUUUGGUUUUCCGAUACCUGGUCAUUAAUUAAAGGCUCUAAUGACGUCAUAAUUUGAAAAUUUUUGACGUCAUUUGGGGGUAUAGGUACUUUUUUAACACACAGAGUUAUCGGUAAUUCAUAUCUUGGUUUGAAAAAAAAUGAUUGGCUUAUGACGUCAUUAAAAUAAAAUCAUGGCGUCAUCAGGGAAAAUUUUUUUGAAUAAACUAGUCAAAGGUGUCGUGUAAGUUUCGUAGUUACCAUAUUUGAUUUUUUGCAUUUUUAGUGACGUCAUAUCUCAAAUUAAUGACGUCAUAUUAUUAAAAAAAAAGUUCUUUAUCAUUUUUGAUCGCCUUUUUUGAAAGGAGAUGUUUUUUUUUUGGUUUUCAUCUCAUUCAAAGAAAAACAAGGUGAAUUGUUGAAUCAACGAAUCUUAACUUAUAAGUUUCUCCUGGAACAGGAAUCAGCGACGAUAAUAAAAAGCGUUGGACCAUCGCGCUGGCCUGUAAAACGGCCCAUUAGCAAUCAAUUCGUUUUUCAUUUCAAUUGUAAAAGGCGAGUGGAAAGAAGAAGCUACGGGUUUUUCGGCUUUUCGUCCCGGUUAUCAGUUGUUUUUCCUUGGUUUUUGUUGAUCACCUCGAAUUUUAGGGCUUACUUGGAGAGGUUUUUAACCCCCCUCCCGGUUGAACUUUUGAUGAAGCUUUGCUGGAGUGUACUUUAGGACCUCCAGAUUACAGGACAAGGAAAAAAUUCCUCUUAAUAGAACUUUUUUUCGAGUUAUGAAGCUUCAAAAUACGCAAAAUAUGACAAAAAAGCGCUUUUUCAAGCCUUUGAAGCUUCAUAACUUGAAUAGAAGAUCUAUUGCGAGAAAUAUUUUUCUUGUCCAGCAAUCUGGAGACCCUAAAGUACCCUUCAACGAAGUUUCAUCAAAAUUCGAGAAUUCGAGGGGGGGGAUCAACACUCUUUUUAUUUCUAUCAAACGGUGGUCAUUCCACUUCUCAAGCCUGGAAAUCGAGCAAUUAUCUCUCGUUUCAAUGAUAGCUAUUAGAAUAACUCAAAGAGAUUGAAAAUCGCGACAAAAUUGCGAUUUCGGCAACAUUAAUGGAUGCUCCGAGGCGCCAGAUGACGCCGCGAACCCACUGAUUUAUCACCAAAUCGCGUGUCUCUCAUUGAGCCACUUGAGGGGCCAGAUUGACCACGCCCACCUUUUUUCGCGGAUUGAAUCUUUAAAUUGCUAACGUUGGAUAUAUCGUCUUGGUUUUGAAUUCAGUUUCAAUUAUUACCUUUCUGGCUACAUGUAACCUGAGCAAUAUCUUGAACCACGCCCACUUUCGAUUGGAAUAAAAAAAUUAUUAUUAUAAUCGGAAUGGCCCUUGACUUUUGAGCUUAAAAUUUACUUUUUCACUAACAUGAGUAAUACAUUGAGUCACGCCCACUUUUCAAAAAUAUUUGAACUGAAAGAUUUGUGAUAGUUUUCAAGUUCUUCGGUAUUCCAAAUAAAAUACAUGAUAAUCUGUAACAUGAGCAAUAGUUCGCAAUACAUUUUUUUCAGUGCUUUUUUGGAUGAGGUGGUCCUAGAUUAUCGAGCUUAAAACCUACUUUUUCGUUAACAUGAGCAAUAAAUUGAGUCACGUCCACUUUUUUUCAAAAAUCUUGGACCUGAAAGGUUCAAUUUUGAAUCCUGAAGAGCUUUCUUCUCAUCUACUGUGACAAUUUUCAAGCUCUAGGAUAUCUUUAAUUAUAUGGAAUAUGCGAUGGGUUAUCUGUAUCAUGAGCAAUAGAUUGCAAUGCAUUUUUUUCAGCGCAUUUUUGGAUGAGGUGGUCCUAAAUUUUAGUUUAAAAUUCACGUUUCCGUUAACAUGAGCAAUAAAUUGAGCCACGCCCCCUUUUUUUCAAAAAUCUUGGACCUGAAAGGUUCAAUUCUGAGUUUCCUCCUCUUAACUGUGGAAAUUUUCAAACUCUCUGGUAUCUUAAAUAAAAGGAAAUACUUGAUAAGUAAUCUGUAACAUGAGCAAUAUAUUGCAAUGCGUCUUUUUCAGUGCUAUUUUGGAUAUUCUUUGGAUUUGAUCUCUUAAAAAUUUGGUAAUUUUCAGCUACUUGGAAGAGUUCCUGGCCAAAUCCGGGCUCGAACUCCUGAAUUCGUUGCUGGAAGCGUGCCACGAAGGCUACAAACGGGAACGGACCGCCCUCUUCUUGCUCUAUGCCCUCCGAGCUCUUCUGAACUCACCGGUAACUUUCACAUCACUUCAUUUGCUUUUUUUUUCAAAAAAAUGUCUUUCAAAGCAUCCCCACACAGCACCAAGAGCAUUAGGCGGUUUUCAACAACGGAAAAAAAAACUGACGAGAAAAAAAUGCCGCGCGGAGAAGCGCUAAUCUUUCCGGGGCGCAGUCGCCCUUUUCUGGACGAGUCGUGGAGAAAAAAGGAACGCUUGGAAAAUACAGACGGUUCUGUUUGCGUCGGACGCCUUUGUCGCCAUUUUAAGCACUAGCAACAUUUUUCUAGUCCGUUUUUUAGUAGCUUUAAGCCUUUUAAGACUUAUUUUUUAAAUUAAAAAUCAAGUUUCAAUGUUUUUCAAAGUAUAUGUUCCAAUAGAAAUUUUUCAAAAUCUUUUUUAUUUGAUAAUUUUUUGUUCAUUUUGUAUGAUAUUUUGAAGGUUUUUUUAAAGUUUUUCCUUCUUAGAAUAAGGAUAUAUGGUCUUUAUAACGCUUGUUGGACAAUAAAUUACUUGAGGCCCGCAUUUGGAAUGGCUUUUUUUGACUGGAAAUAAGUAGAGCCAUUCCAAAUGCCGCUUAAAAAUUCAUCUAGAUGUCUUUUUUUGAACAGGAAAACAUAUGCUAUUUGAUUGAUUUUGCUUAAAAUUUCGAUUAAUAAACUGUGGCCGCAUUUGGAAUGGCUCUCUGACUGGAAAUAAAUGAUGAGCCAUUCCAAACGCCGCUUGAAAAACUAUCUAGAAGUCAUUUUUUUGGAUAUGAGCUCAUUGAUAGGAAUUUUUUUUUAAAAAUAAAAAUUUUGAAAGAGCGAUUAAUAAUUUUUGACCGCAUUUGCAAUGGCUCUCUGACUGGAAAAAAAAGAAUGAGCCAAUCAAAAUAUCACUUAAAAAUAUUUAAAUGCCGCUUUAUAACAGGAAAACUAUAAUAUUUUAUUUGAAUAAAACUUGAGUUACCGCUUGAAAUUUUUAUCAAUAAACUGUGGCCGCAUUUGGAAUGGCUAUCUGACUGGAAAUAAAGGAUGAGCCAUUCCAAACGCCGCAUGAAAAUUAUCUAGAUGUCAUUUUUGGAUAUGAGCUCAUUGGUAGGAAUUUUUUUUUAAAUUAAGGUUUUGAAAGAGCGAUUGAUAAACUGUGGUCGCAUUUGGAAUGGCUUUGUGACGUAGAAAAAAAAAAUUAAAAUUGGAAAUAUGUGCAGAUUUGGGACUGGUUCUGCAUAAUUGCUGGUUUUGUGAUUAAAAUUCAAAUUGAGCCAUUCCAAAAUGCGGCCCAGAAAAAAGUUCAAUUCAGACCCAAGAUGAUUAUUACAGUUUAUUGUACUUUUCAAGAAAAUCUGAACUACUGGCCGCAGUGGGAAUGGCUUUUUUUCAAUAUUUUUGCCGAAAAUUUGAACUUUUCAUUUGUUAGUUGUGUAAUCUACCUUCACGUGACAAAUUUCUGUCCUUGUGGACGAUUAAUAAUUAAAAAGGUGCAUACUAUCCAUUUCCAAGCAAAAGCCUCCCACAUGUUCCCUUCGCCAAUUAAUUCUUCCUUCGCGCACCCGUGAAUGUGUGCAAACAACUGCUACACUCUGUUCUUGUUCCUUUUUUCGAAGUUUUCCUUGAUUUUGUUGAGCAUUUAUUCAGUCUUUGGAGAAAACUCUCUACUGGCUCUUAAAAUCAUGUACUUUUUUUGUUUUAGUCAUAGUUGUAGUUGACCAGGCGAUGAACAAGAACUUUUGUCCGUCUUUGGUGAACCAGAAGUCCAAACGUGUAGUUGAUCAAGUUGAAAACAUGGUCUUACGGUCUUUCGCCUCGUUCUUCAGCGCGUAAUCCAUUUAGUUGCGCCUGGACGAACUCAGAAUGUAGUGGAUCUUGUGCUGGAGCUCGGAGGGAUGAGAGCGAUCACUUCGAGUGAAGUCUUUUACACGGAAUUUCGUUUUAUAGAGAGCUUUUUGUGAAUUCACGAAACUGUAGUUGAUCAAGAACGGCGCGUAGAUCAACCUGUCCUUUUUCGAUAGUAGUAGCCAAUUCUUGAGCGUUCCGGCGAUCUUCUUCAUGUAGACGGCGCAUAGCUUGUCCAGGGCUGGCGGGUGUAGUAUUUUGUGGAUCAACUAUAUCUUUUAAUUUUGAUCCAGUAUAAGACUUUUUGACCUUUUUUGGAUAAGUUAAGAUUUUUUGAGCUUCAAGAUUCUUUGGGAACGUUCUUGCUGUUGAAUUAUUUUCUUCCAGGAUUUCAAAAAAAGCCUUCUUUGUUAGAAAAGAAACAGUGAAACCUGCUUCAAAAGCCCAGUGAUUUUUGUAUAUUGGGAGGAGCUGGUCCUCAAAUCUCGGUUGUAUUCAUAUUUCCUAGUUUUUCGACAAUUUUUUGAAGCUUGAAAAUUUGAACCAUGUGUUUCUUUUUCCGCAAGAAACUGAACCUGAGACCUUAUCAGUCAAGAAAUUAUCUCACCAGUAAUGGAACCUUCAAAAAUUGUCUCGAGUAUUUUAUCAAGAAGUUAUUAAAGCUUGGCCAUUCGAACUAGCCUUUAAAAGAAGGAAAACUCCAAAAUUUAUUGGUCCUUGAAGUUCGCACGAGGAACUGAGCCAAUGAACCUUUAAACCUUGACUAAAAGAAUAUCCCACUAGACCAAAAACCAUUUCAGAAUGUAUCAUGUCUAAAUUCCCAGAAAGUUGUCAAAGCGUGAUCAUUUGAACUACUCGGACAAUGGUGACGCGAAACUGACGGCUUUUCUAGUGACCACUUUAGUAGCGUCAGCGCUCUUAAGUGACCCCUUGGACUGCUCAAGAACAUCCGGGACACUCUGGCCUUCGUUUCCAAGUUACCAAUGUCCGAGUGGAUUUUUUAAGAAGGAAAACUUCCAACAAUUACUCUUGAAGUUCUCACUAGGAACUGAACCAAUGAACCUUUGAACCUUGACCAGAAGAACGUCCCACUAGAUCACAAAGCAUUUAAAUGAAUUAUCAUGAGUAAUAUUUUUGCAGAACGGCCGAUCGGCGGUGCUGCAAGACGAGCCGGUGUUGCGGAGCAUCGCCCGCGCCAUCGACAUUCGCGACGUCAAGUGCAAGGUGUUCUCGUCCUUCUUUCUCUUUUUUUUCUUUCUUCCUCCUUUUUGCCCUUGUUUGGCCAUGCGCAGUUUCUCAAGAGCGUUCCGGAAAUUCGACGUGAAAUUUACGGCCCCGUUGUUCCCAUCGUUUGCUGCCGACCGAUAUAUGUGCUGCGCUUUUUUUCAUUUAAUUUUUGAGGUUUUUCUGAUUUCAAGUGGUUCUUGAACUUUUCAAUGGGUAGAUGCAAGGUUUAGGUUGAAAUUUGCGAAAAAUCUGGAACUUUUGAGAUUUUUGUGCUUCUCUCUACACUUUUGACCGUUUUAGGAGCAAAAAUUGGAGCUUCGACCUUAAUUUAUGACCCUAAUCCUUAGUUUUUUUAAAGAAUUUCGAAGUUUUUUUGAAUUUUGGGAAGGCUGUUGGAUCACUUGCAUGAAUUAAUGAAAAAUCUUAAAUCGAAAAAAAUUUUUUUUUGAUUUUUUUAACUUGAAUUUUGAGCUUUUUCCCCUAGGUUUAGCUGCUUUUUUAACAGAUUUUCUGUACUUUUUUGAAUUCUUUAGUUUUUCAAUAGGUAUAUGCAAGCUUUAGGUUGAAAUUUGCAAAAAAUCUGGGAACUUUUGAGAUUUUUGUGCUUUUCUCUAUCCUUUUUGACCGAUUAAGGAGCAAAAAUUGAUACUUGGACCUCAAUUUGGGAUCUUAAUUCUUAAGCUUCUGAGAAUUUCGAAGUUUUCUGGAAUCUGGCAAUGUUAAUUGAUCUCUUGGAUAGGUUAGUGAAAAGAUAUAGGUCCAAAAUUUCCCAAAUAAGAGAAAAUAUUUCGAAAUAUGCUCCCUAAUUUUUUAUUUCUUGAGCUUUUCCCCUAGGUCCCGCUGCUUUUUCGACAGAUUUUUUGAACUUUUUCAAAUUCCAAAAACUUUUUUCACGUCCUAAAUGAUUAUAGUAAGGAUGAACGUUUUCCAAAAAUUAUUUCAGAUCUUUUGGUGAUAGAAAAAAAACUUUCAAAAUGUCCCCUUUAUCCAGCCCAACUUCAAGCCUUAAAAAUUUUGUUCACUUUGCUUCAAAAUAGAUGUACCUGGUCUGAAACUAUACAAAUUUCGAAAUUGCGGACAUUUUUCUGGUCCAACUAUGAAUAUUUUAUUUACCAGGACACGUUUCAGGGCGAUUCUAGGGAUCACUUAAGGGUGCUGACGCUACUAAAGCGGUACUAGACAUGCCCAAAAGCGUGCGUUCCGCGUUACCAAUGUACAAUACGAAAAUAGCAAAAAAUGGCAGUAGAGCACACUUGCUUUGUGAUAAUCAGCCUUUUCACUGUAUAAUAUCUUUUUUGUCCCAUUAAAAGGCGCCGAAAUGUCGGCUCUUGACACCUGCUAACUGUCCGCAUUUUCAAGAAAAAAAAAAGUUCAUUGUUUCGUAAUGAUAGCGAAACAUUACAAAAAGGAAUGUCGAGCUUAUCAGUAUUAUUAUUAUAUAGUUUUUAUCGCCCUCCUUGUUUUACUUGUACCUGGAACGGGGUCACCUGCACAAAUACAAGUAUGUUUUGAGCUUUUGCAACAGGAAAAAGUUUGAGAUUAUAGAUGUUUUGUACUGUUUUGAGGGUGUAUAUAAGGGUAUGGGAGUGGGGAAAUGACCGCACUUUUUUGAUUUUUUUGUAGUAGGCUAAAUUUUUAGAACUUGUUACAUAGAAAAAGUCGAAAAGGGGGAAAAAAGUUUUCCUUUUAGGGUGACAAAGGCUUUUUUUUUGCUGCCUUUUUGCGCCAUUUCAUCGGCCCUUAUGCACCAUUUUCGCUGCCUUUUUUCACAAUUUUUCGAGCCUUUAAAAUCCAAGAAAAUGUGGAAAGCUUGAUAUAGGGACCUUUUUUGCAGCCUUUUCGCGGCUUUUUUUGAGCCAUUAUCCGCCAUUCCGAUUUUGCUCGAGUAUGCUUGUAUUUUCGAAUUUCUUCUCAUAUUUGACUACAAUUUCGGGCUUUUUUUUCUUGUCCAGAACCUGAUUCUUCUCAUUUUUUGGAUAAUCGGAAUUUUUUCUUCAUUUUUGAAAUGUUCGGCUGAAAACUCUGAACAAUUAUAAAACUGAAAAGUUUUCGAAAUUAAAAAAAAAAUUUUUUUUCAAUUGAUAAGACUUCAUGGUCUCAUUUGUAUUACAGUUUUUUAAAAUCCAGAUUUUCUGUACCGAACUUCCCAGAUACAUACACUAAUCUCAGAAGCACAAAGAAAGAAAAAAAUCCGUCAAAAUUUCUAGAAAAAAAAACUCGAUUGAUAGUGUUUUCGACACUUUGGAAGCUCAUUUUUUCAAAACAAAAAAUUCUUUUUUUGUAAAUAAUGUAGUAUUAGUUUCUAUGGAGAUUCUCUAAUUUACAGAAAAUAUCCUGAUUUUUCAAAAAAUGAAACGUAACCUAUUGCUCAUCUUAUCGAUAUUGAUAAGGGGCAUACAAAUCUGUGUUCCAACAAUAACAAACAACACAGCGGGAGGUGCGCCAAAACUUUUCGUCUUAUCAUUUAUCACCUAUCUGCUCUAAUAUGAGCAAUAUGGUUGAAAUGACUGGUCUUUUGUUUCUCCUGAAAGGGGAGAAAUUUCAGAAUUUUGAAAAAACGUUUUGCCACAUGGUUGGAGAAGCUCUCACAUGAGCAUUAGUCCUGAAAACCCGUUUUUUAUUUCUCUAAUAUGAGCAAUGGGGCCCUGAAUCUUGAAAAUUUUUUUCCGGUAGUUCCUUUAAACGUCAAAAAAUCUUGACACUUCUCAAUUUCUUUAAAAAAUAAUACUUUUUUUUUGAAAAUUUCGAAUCGUCCAUUGAUGACGUCACCAGCACCGAUGACGUCAUCAACGGCAGACCGGUCCCUUUUUUGCCCUUGGCACAUCAUUUUUUUGGCAAGCUUCUUCAAUUUCCCUAAAAAAUAAUACUUUUUUUUUGAAAAUUUCGAAUCGUCCAUUGAUGACGUCACCAGCACCGAUGACGUCAUCAACGGCAGACCGGUCCCUUUUUUUCCUUGGCACGUCCUUUUUUGAAUUCGCCGAUGGUUGGAGGCAAUUAUUCAUGGCUUAUUCUGUGCUGCCUCAUUUUCUGUAAGCUCCUUUUUGGCCUAGCUUGAGGAAUUUGAAAUUUUUGAGGUUUUUGAAGCUUUGAGGCGAAACUUUGCAGUUCAGAAUGGAAGUAUCUUCAAGUAAAAAAAUUAGAACCUCUGAAAAUUCUUGAAAUGCAAAAUUUCGCUCCUUUAAUUUUGCUUUAAAGGACGAUGAGUCUUUCAAAAAUGACAUAUUGAUGAGAUUUUCUUAAAUUCGGCUCAAGGUAGCCUAGAAUCGACUAUGAGCUUAGAAAGAGUACCUGGACCGUAAAAUUGUAAUUGAGCAGGAUUUUUGUCCAAGUUUCGAUAGAAACUUUUUUGGAAACGAUAUAACUUUAACAAACUUUGCGGUGCACCCCGCAGUGUACCCCGUUUAACUUUAAAUGCCUAUUAAGGUACUUAUUCCGUACACGACUUCACCAAUAACACCCUUUUCUACAGUAUCAUCUUAGGCUGUUACGGUAGCUCAAAAAAAUCUCUUUAUAUCUGACCGGUUGCUAUAGCAAAAGUUGUGGUGCACCCCGCCGAACUCUCGGUGCACCCCGUAUAACUUUAAAUGCCUAUUAAGGUACUUAUUCCGUACACGAUUUCGAAGUGGUUUGUUCCCUAAUAUCACCACUUUCUACAGUUUCAUCCUGGGCUGUUAAGGUGCACGCCAUCAUAGUUUAACAUGAGGGGGGGGGUGCGCCGAUAACAUCAAUAAAAAAUUCUCUUUUUUUAGGGUUCACUCUCAUUUUUGUUAGUGUAGGAAGGUCCGAAGUUUCUUCUUCUACAUAAGAAUUGCAAAAAUAAUCAAUUAAUUGAAUGAAAGCUUUGAAAUUAAAUUUUCCCGGCAACGAAAGAAUGUCUUUUGUGCGCGUGUAUUUGUGACCUUGCGAGGCGCGAAACUAUUGCGGUGGGAGGUGAAUAUCUCCUUGUUUCCGACGGGAUCAUUCGACCGUUCCGAUCUGAUUCAGAUUGAAGAAGAAGAAGAAAGGAACUUCCGAUCAACUUCUUUCUCAUCUCCUCGACAACACCUGUCAUUUGUCAUUUUUUGUUUGUACCUUGUCAUUUGGUAUUCUAUGGUUGUUUUGAAGGGUUUAAGACUUGUGGCCGCUAUAGAGGCUUGCCAAGGACUACUUGGAGAGGACGCUAGAGUGGCCACUAAACCCACCUCUAUAGUGACCACUACUUACCGUUUUAGUGGCCACUUCAUUAGUUUUUCAUCCAGUAUUCCUUCCAGUAACUCUAUAAUUUUGAAAAAAAAAACAGAUUGGACCAGUUACGUUGAUCCAUUGACCCCUAAAGUGGCCACUAACAUUUUCGGUGGUCUAGUAGUAGCACUUAGACCUCUAUAGUGGCCAUUUUCAACACCUUAAGUGGCCACUAAUUUGACUACUAUAGUGGCCACUAAAACGUCAAAACCCUAUAGUGGCCACUAAAAGUUUUCCCAGUUUAGUUAAAAAUCCAGGAUUCCUAUCUUUUCUCGCCUGGCAGACUUCAGAACAUCACGAGGACUAGAAAACUAUUCAGAAAGAGAAAAAAAAUUCUACAAAGGUCAGAUCUUGUGAAAAUCGUUUGAAAGGUUCAGUUGCAGCCGAAUUUCUAAUGGAUACAAGCAAAUUUUUUUCGGAUUUUUUUCAAAAAUUUAUUUUAAGGGGUGGAACUAUAUCAAUUUUUCAGAAAUCCCCCUUUUUUUAAAAAAACGAAAAAAACAAAUCUCACAAAUUUUCAGAAGGUUCAGAUAACUUUCAUAUUGGGAAAUCAAAAAACAUGAGAUUUUGUGGGUCAGACCCCCUGGAAACCUCUGAAAAUCGAUUUUUCUUUUUUGACAUAAUUAGGGGGCGCAAAGCCCCGCCCCUUCACGCCACCAAAAUGACGAUUUUUUUGUUGCAAAAAAACGGUUUUGAGGCGUUUAUACUAGCUAAAGUCCCACUUUAAAAAAAUCAACUGUUUCUGAAAAAUCUAUGUAAUCGACAACGCUCUACAAGACUGAAUAUUUUUUUAAAAACUAUGUAUUUUUUUCAAAAAUAAGCGAAAAAAAGUAAGAUUUAACACGAAAAAAACUGACAAGUUUCACAAAAAUCGUCGCGUUUCAGAAAAACCAAGUGAGGAACGCUUCUAAAUUUUUAGUAUGUUAUACAUUAACACUUUCUUUAUUUUUUUGAGUGAAAAUGAAAAAAAUCUACCGACGCGAAAAAUAUUAAAGCUUGUAAAGUGACACCAAACUUUGAAGCUGAAAUGCGAAAAAAAUUUCAGCGACAUGGUAUACUUUUUUUAUUUGAUUUAAAAAAACUAACAGUGUGUCCAAGAAUAAAAAAAUUCAAAAUGAAAAAUAAUUAUUGGGACAGCGAAUCAAAUUAUAUUUGAGUUUUACCAAAACCUCCUUUUUUUCGCCUGCCUCGUUGACGCAUGAGAGAAUAGGAUCGCGUCUAUAUUUUUUUGAUUAUGUUAUUAAGCGUUCAAAAACUCUAUCAAUGAAAAAAAUUAUGAAAAAUCGAUCGACGCGAAAAAAAUAACGGCUUUGAAAUCCUCGAAAAAAAUGGCAAUUUUUUUGAAAUUUCGGAAGAUUUCGUGCAAGUGUCCGUAGCAGUGUUUGCGUCAAACACACCGAUGCGCCCUUUUAAAUGUCGCAGGAGCCGUUUUUUUCGGAGUCAAAUUGCACUUUUUUUCCUGUUUUAUUUCGAAAUAACAUUAUUUUUUUCAUUUUUUUCUUUUUUUCCAAAUCGAAUGAUAAUAAUUUUUCUGAGUAGAAAAAAAGAAAAAAAUAAGCUGAAAAAAAUCCCUUUGACCUUUUUUUCUAGGUAGUUUUUUUGAUAUUUUUAUCAAAAAAAUUCUUAUGAGGAUUGUACAAAAGAUUCAUACCAAAAACAUGAGGAUCAGUUCGGACAAUCUCUCAGAGCAGAAAACCGAUUUAAAAAAACGGUCCAGAAACGCGCAAAAAAACAUUUAAAAAGAAAGCGUGCGGCAGCGGGUAAACCGUGAGAUUUUGCCUCCAGUUGUACGCCGCGCGCGCUCGUUUUUUGGCCAUAACUUUUUUUCUUAGUGAACCUUUUUUUCAAAAAAACUAAACGGAUUAUGAAAAUGGACAGUCUCCCCUAUCGAACAAUGUGAAAAACAUAUUUUUUGAAUCAUUCUGAAGAAAUGGCUUGCGGACCCUAGACAUAAUCAAGUAAUGAGGAAUGUGACAGAUAUCAGUUGCAAGGGGGAACCCACUUGAACGUGUUGAAGGUCAGCUUGUUUGCUCAUCCUACACACGUUUCGGUGGUCCCCCCGAGACAACGAUCUGGCUAUUUUCCGUCACCUUUUUGGUUUCGAUUGUAUCAUAUUAUCUUGAAUUUUUUUUUCAAUGUUUGAAUGACUACAGGAAAAAAAUUCAUUUUCGAACUUUUUCUCACCUUCAGAGCCUUAUAGAGCUUCAACAGGUUGAGGGAGGUCUGUUGAGUGGCAACUUUAGAGAAUUUUAUAGAAAAAUGCAACUUCUGAGAGGAGAGAGUAGUCAUGAGAAAAUUAAUUUUCAACCUUGUAAUCUUAAUUUUUCUUUUUAACACUUAAGUGAUCACUUUAGAAGGACUAAUUUUGUCUUUUAUUCAACACUUAAGGGACCACUUUAUACAGUAAAAAAAUGGACUUUCUUAAAAAAAUUCAUUCCAACUUCUUAAGAGGUCACUUCACGGUUCUGCACAGUUUUUGAAGUCUAAAGUGGUCCUUCAAGGGAUUUUUAAGAUAUGAAAGAGUUUUAAGAAAAUUUAUAAUCCUACUAAGACUUGUUAGCUCCUCAAGGGGAGCUUUUUUCAAAAAUCAUUUUUCCGCUCCCCAAAUUUCAAUUCAGUGGUCUUCCUAGUGUUGCAAAACGUGUAAUCCUCUUAAAAUUUUACGAUUUUAUUUCAGUUUUUCUCCCCAAACAGUUGAAAAGAACAUCAAAAAGCGGUAAAGCAAAGGUUCAAAAAUAGCCGUUAUCUUUGGGCUUUUGCAAAAGUUUAUAAUCGCUUUUUCUCUGCGUUUAUUGACAGUUUCGGGUGUGAAUGGCCGGGUUUUUUUCAGCUUUAUCACUGUUACCAAGUUUCAAAAUUGAGUUCUGGAAUAUUUUUUGAGUUUUACCAAGUUUUAAAAUGAUCUAGAAUGGCUUCCUCGAAGUGAUUUUUGGUGCUAAAUCAACCGAUUUGAAAUAAUUUAUUUUUAAAAGAGGUGGAAUUUUUUUAUCUCUCCCCCCUCUAUAAAAAAAUGAAAUUUCAGCAAUAUUGCUCAUGUUAGAAGAGGCAAGUGAUAAGGAAUAGGACUUCUAUUUUUGGCCCCAAAGUUGAACUUUUCGUCUCCUUUCCUACCGGAUGUUUGACGUCACGGUUGCGCGCCCGUAAGCUUCCGCUCCAGUUCCUUCCUCAUACCUUAAGGGGCUUCUUAAGGUUUGAACGUUUCGAAUGGAGCACUGACGUCAUUAAUGGUUUUUCUAGUCUGAAAAAUCUUCCGAGAUCCUGUUGGACUCUUCAUCUUUGAAAUGAACCUUGAAAAAACGAGAAGAUCAGCCUGAAAAUCAUCCUUCACUUAUGACGUCAUCUAAUUUAAUUGAUGACGUCACUAUAUAUAUUUUAUGUGUUAUAACAUCACGUGGAAGACGUUACAGUUUCUAAAAAAACUAUGAAAAAGACGAAGACUUGAGUUUUGUGAGACAAUCAUAUCUAUGACGUCAUCAAUCAAUAUUUUAUGACGUCAUGCGGUGAGAAAUAGCCACUUUUUUCAGAAAUGAGCUUUAUUUCAGCUUUUUGGGUGAUUUUUCCGAUUCAAUAAAUCCAGAAUAGCUAUAAAAAAAAAUAGCCACGUUGAUUUUAAGAGAAUUUUUUCACUUAUGACGUCAUAGCCUCGAAAAAUAGCGCCAUUUUAGGCGAAAAAUAGCUCAAAUUUAUCGCAUCAAUGUCGAUUUUUGGCGGUAUGAAAAAAACACCAGCGAAAAUUCAAACGGCGACUUUUCCGAUUUUUUCAUAUCGCUAGGGAACUUUCCGACGGCCACCUUUCCGACGGAUUCCUUUCCGACUUUUUUUCCCUCAUGUAUUUCGGUUUAUAAAAACAUCUAUUAACAUUUAUUUUCCUAUUUCUUUGUGUUUUAAUCAUGAACCAACUACCUACUUUAUACAGGAAGAUUUAAAACGAAGAUUUUAUCGAGAAAAAAAGUCGGAAAAAGUUUCGUCGGAAAGGUGGCCGUCGGAAAGUUCCCUAGCGAUAUGAAAAAAAUCGGAAAAAGUCGCCGUUUGAAUUUUCGCCGGUGUUUUUUUUCAUACCACCAAUUUUUAAAAUUUCUUCUCUCUUUCGAAAUUAAAUGAGUCUUUUUCGAAGUGGUAAAAGCUUAUUUUAGGACUAGAGAAGACAAAAAACAGCCUAGCCAAAAAAAUAGCGCCACUCAUGACGUCAUAGCCUCGAAAAAAAUAACUCCAUUUUAAUGUACAUAUUAUAGCCAAUUUUCAACAUUUCUUCUCUCAAUCGAAACAAAUUAGGUCAUUUUGAAGUGGUAGAAGCUCAUUUUAAGACAAGGCAAAACAAAAAACAGCCUAGCUAGAAAAAUAGCACCACUUAUGGCGUCAUAGCCUCGGAAAAAUAGCUCCAUUUUAACGUAUUGUAGCCAUUUGUUGAAAUUUCCGCCCCCCUAAUCGAAACAAAUUAGGUAAUUUUGAAAUAGUAAGAGACUAUAGAAAACAAAAAAAAAACAGCUGCGGUAAUCCUAGCCAAAAAAUAGCGCCACUCAUGACGUCAUAGCCUCGGAAAAAAUAGCGCCACGGCUGACCUGUGCGUCCCGCCCGCUCCUCUUAGCCUAAGUUGGCGUCCUCCCUGCUCAAUUUGGUCAUGUCCAACCGGCUCCGCGCAUAUUUCGUACUGAUUUUCAUGAUUUCUGCCACCUGUUUUGCGCAUUUACUGCUCUUUGAGCACAGAAAUCUUUGGCUCCUGGCGACGGUGAUUUUUUUGAAAUCCCUGAUUCAAUAUAAUUUUUUUAUAAUAAAAAUAGAAUAUAACGGAAUCCAGGUCGUUUCCAUCGAAAUCCUCGCCGGCCUUUGCUUCAUCCCCGACGAAGGCCAUUCCCAAGUCCUCAAGGCUUUGACCCAGGUAAUUUUUUAAAAUGAAAUAAUAAAACCUUCACGUCAAAUUAUUUGCUCAACUCAUUAGUCAUUUUCAAUUUUUUCGUCGUUUUUCGCAAUCGCAUUCCGAUUUUUAACGGAUUCUGCUGAUAAACUGAUAAAAUUCCAGUUUUUGAGGUAAGGUUGUGAAAUUAUUUAUAUUUCUGGGCGUUGCCCUUUUUUGUAUUUUGUGGACUUUGUAUUGGGUUUAUUAUUAUAAAUUGAAGCAAGAUAGUUUUUUUGCUUUUUUGAGGUCUUGGUCAGUAAAAUAAACUUUCUAAAGGCUCAAAAACCGGUUUUUCGAAGCUUUUUUUUGAAAAAGUUAACUAUAUGAAAUAUAAGAUUUUUUUGAAAAAAAUGGCAAAAAUGCGUUUUCCUCGCCUAGACUUGAUACUGUGACCUUUUCAUUAAUAAAAUAGGUCGUUAUCUAGUGCGCCAAUGGAAAAAAAUUAAUUAAAAGCUCGUUUUUUUGUUCAUUCCUGAAGCUUAAAAUGUGUAGUAUUGGGGCACGAAAUAUCUCCCUGACGUUCGAAAAAUUGAUUUUUUACCUCAUUUUCUAAAUUUUCGUAAUCUAACCCCUCCUGGAGGGCUUAAUGAGUUCUGUACUUGCCCAUAUAUGUAGGUUUUCCACUUUUUCAAACUAAUUUUUGCAUAGGGUUUGAAAUUUUUUAUAUAUUUACUCAAAAAAUCUUUGAUGGACUGGAAAUCGAUCCCCUGUAGUCGCUAUCUGUGAAAAGUUUUUCGUUUUGGAGAUAUGAUUUUUCAAAGUUUUUAUUCUUAACCAUGUGACCGUUUGGAAGAAAUCUGACCGCGCCACCAGCCACUGCAAGGCAGCUAGGAGCGUGGUGCAGUGGCUAGCGCAGUAACUUGCGAUGCCUGCGAUGAAGGUGCGAAUCUUUUUGCCGCAAACUUUUUUUGCCAUUAUUUUUUUUUGACGGAUUAUGAUAAACAUGUCGACAUUUCAUGAUUAAAGCCGUUCCAGAACCGUUAGAUAGCCAUUUUCUUUCAAAAAAUUACCUUUUUCAUAGAAAAUUUCUUGAAGUUUCGGCAUCAUCAAACAAUAUUAGCCAGAAAGUUGAAGAAACAGAAAUCUCAUGACUUAGGAUGAGGAUCCCAGUUUCCAAAUUCUGACCAUUUAUGCGUACCGUUCACAUUUCCGAGAUGUGUUGGUGGACGCACACAAAACGGCCGCUUUUACUGCUUUUCACCCGUUGGAACGUCGCCGUUCCUGCCUCCAGUCAAAACCCAAAUAUAUCUGUACCUAUUUCGAAGCAUCAAUCUGGGUUUAUUGUGCCUUUUUUCAGCUCUUAAAUGAACUCUAUGGUCAUCUUACAGGUAUCGUCAUUGCUGGGCGAGAGGACGAGGUUCCAGACCUUUGGUCGACGACUUGCACAGGAGUUUUGGCAGCGAACGGGAGACGGACCGCGUCAGGACGGCGAUUGUCGGCCUCGUCAACGCCCUCCUUCGCACCGGACCCGCUGAGGUUCGUUUUGUCUUAAAAAUAAGUAUAGUCCGUCUGUCGCGACUUGACAAUUUUCGAGUGUCUGCGUCUCUCUGUUCCCUCGCUGGCGAGGUCAGAGAAAUAUGGAAAUAGCACGUAAAAAGGAGAGAUGAAGAGGGCGCAGAGAAUUCCUUUUUGCAUUCAAGGUUUCUCAGAUCAACUCGACUCCUCUUAGCAUACCCUAGUCUUAAAAAUAUCAAUAAGUUACCUCUUAAGUGUUUUUCAUACUCGGGCAAAGUCGGAAUGGCGGAUAAUGACCGCUAAAAGGGAGAGGCUCAAAAAAGGCUGCAGAAAGACCGAAAAAAGGUCGCAAAAAGGUCGCAAAAAGGUCGCAAAAAGGCUGCAAAAAGGCUCAAAAAGGCUGCAAAAAGGCUGCAAAAAGGCUGCAAAAAGGCUGCAAAAGGGCUGCAAAAAGGGUCCCUUCAACGAGCCUUCCAUUUUUUCUGUGAUUUGAAAGGCACAAGAAUUGGUUGAAAAAGGGAGAGGCUGCAAAAAAGGUGCAUAACAGCUCAUAAAAUGGCGCAAAAAGGCAGCAAAAAUGGAGCCCUUUGUCACCCUAAAAGGUACAAUUCUGAAGCCUUUUUCGACCUUUUCCGACUUUGCGUAUGUUGAGUUUAGGAUCAGGAAGGCCUAGAAAAAAUGGGAACUUGUAUAAUUCUAUAUACCAUUUAAAUGCUUGAAAUUAGGAUUUUUCAUAGUUUUAGUCCAUCCUGAAGCUUUUUGGCCUUCAAAUCGGGGAAUAGUUACUUUUAUUGAUGCUUCCUUGGUUUUUGAGGAUUCCAUUUUUCUCAUCUCAACCUUUUUUUUCAUGUAAGAACAAAACUGAAAAAAAUGAGGUCGGAAAAAGUUUUUUUUUUAUUAUAUAUCAUGGCCACUAGAUUUAUAAGAACCAACUUUGAUUUUUCUCUUUUUUUUGACCAAUAAAAGCUUGAAAGUUGAUUUAUGGAACGAACGGUUCCCAUAUUUCAUGUUACCUGCAACAAUUAACCCAUAAUUCAUCGAAAUGAAAAAAGUGGAUUUCUGCGUUCACUUUCGCCCGCCGCGGCGAUGAUGGAAAUUGUUCAACUUUCGCUGUUCUUUCAACAAAAAAGGAUCAAAUUAAGCGUAACUGUGGCUUUUUUGCAAUGGAAGUGUUAUUAUGUGGUUUUUUUGUUGAAUUUUUUAAAUAUUCAGGAACUAGUUAGUUUUUUUGAUUGGGUACCAUUUUCCCCAUUAAAAAAAGUCCUAAUUGAAAUUUUUUUUUCUCGGAUCUAAUUGGAUUGAUCGGAAGGAAAGAAAUUUGGAUUUUGAAUUAAAAUCCUAUUUUUUUCAUCCAGCUACCAUUUCCUGUUGUAUAGUCCGUUUUUCUUGAAAAUACUUUUUUUCUCUGCGCCUUCUUCGUCUCUCGGCGACCCUCUCAUGUUACCGUGCUAUUUUCAUGUUUCUCUGACCUUGCCGGUGAGGGAACAGAGAGACGCAGACACUCGAAAAGGGCCAAGUUGCGAGGAAUGGACUAUGAACUCCAUUUUUCACGACUUGAAACGACUUUUUUUCUCUGCGCCCUCCUUGUCUCUCGGUGACCCUCUCAUGUUGCCGUGCUAUUUUCAUGUUUCUCUGACCUCGCUAUUGAGGGAACAGAGAGACACAGACACUCGAAACGUGCCAAGUAUGGACUAUAAACAUUGAGAUUUUUUUUUUCAAGAAACAUAGAUCCUCUCUGAAAAAUCCUUUGUUCUGUGAGAAAUGAGCUUUUUUUGAUGUUUUUAUAAAAAUUUCUUCACGCAUUUUUUUAGGAUUUUUGAUGUUUCAUCAUUAUUGAUUGAAAAGUGAAGAAAUCUGUGGGAUUUCAGUCAUCGGCGGUGUACCGGUCGCACCUUCGUUGCGAGCUCCUGCUGCUGGGGAUGGCGUCGGUGGCGGAACGGUGUCGAGAGUCGGCGUCGGGCCGCCUCGACGACCACCUCGACCUCUUCGAGAUGAUGCGAAAGGAGGAUGAGCUGACGCUGAACGGCGCAGGCGGAUCCUCCUCGGAGGACUCUGGCUCCUCCUCGCCCGUCGACUUCGAGUCGGCAGUCGGAAUGGCUGAGGCUCUUCAAGCCAAACUGAAGAACAGCCUGGCCCUCCCGCAUUUCAUCUCCUUGCUUCAGCAUCUUUUUAUGGUUAGUUUAGAUCGAUUUUUUGAAAGAAUCUUUGUUGCUCAAUGGAAGCUCUUCUAGAGUCCUUUUUUAAGAGUGCCAUAAAAAUUCAAGAUUUUAGGAUUUAGGGUAGGGAUUACGGCACUUUUAAUCGGACAAGAUAGGGAUUAUGGUACUUUUAACCGUAUAAGGUAUGGAUUACGGCACUUUUAAUCGGAUAAGAUAGGGAUUAUGGUACUUUUAACCGUAUAAGGUAUGGAUUACGGUACUUUUAACCGUAUAAGGUAGGUAUUACGGUACUUCUAACCGUAUAAUGUAGGGAUUACGGUACUUUGAAUCGUAUAAGACAGGGAUUACGAUACUUUCAAUCGUAUGAGACAGGAAUUAUAGUACUUUUUACCGUACAAGGUAGGGAUCACGGUACUUUGAAUCGUAUAAGACAGGGAUUACGAUACUUUCAAUCGUAUAAGAUAAGGAUUACGGUACUUUGAACCGUAUCAAAUAGGGAUUAUGGUACUUUUAAUCGUAUAAGAUAGGGAUUAUGGUACUUUGAAUCGUAUAAAAUAGGGAUUACGAUACUUUCAAUCGUAUAAGACAGGAAUUAUAGUACUUUUUACCGUACAAGGUAGGGAUCACGGUACUUUUAACCGUAUAAUGUAGGGAUUACGGUAUUUUGAAUUGUAUAAAAUAGGGAUUAUGAUACUUUUUACCCGUAUAAGAAAUUUUUAAAAGAAUUGAAUAUUUUUUUCAAUUAUUUUCCACCUUUUUUGGUUGGAAUAAUCAGACCUGUAUCCACUCCAAAAAAAAAAUUAUUUCAAAUUUUGAUCUUGAAGGCGUAUUUUUUUCCUUCCUCAAUUUCGAAAUUUUCAGGUCCCAUGCGACGAAAAAGCAUGUACCCCUAUGGCGUCUUUUCGACCUGAUUCUGCAGCAUUUGACGCUGCAGACGACGAUGCAGGGAAUUUCCGACGUCCAUCAGCCGAUUCAGAAUUCCGUCGACAUGAAUGAGAUCUUGGCCAGGUACUUGUGGAACAGUCGAAUUUUUGAUGAAAAUUGAGAAAUUUCAAGAGAAUCUACGGCUGUAGGUUGAAGCUGUACCCUUGAUGAAACGCUAAAUUGACUCCUUAAGUGACUACUUUCCUUAAAAUCCUUAAAGGACCUUAUUUUUCCCCUUUUUCCGCUCAGUAACUACUCGAAUUUCAUCAAAAACCAGUAAAAUACUGGGAAAACUUUUUAGUAGCCACUACAAGGACUACUUGGGGAGGACACUAAAGUGGCCACUAAAUCCAUCUCUAUAUUGACAUUUUCCGUUUCGGUGGCCUCUUCAGCAGUUUUUCAUCCAGUAUUCCUUCCAGUAACUCUAUAAUUUUGAAAAAAAAAACAGAUUGGACCAGUUAUGUUGAUCCAUUGACCCCUAAAGUGGCCACUAAAAUUUUUAGUGGUCUAGUAGUAGCGCUUAGACCUCUAUAGUGACAACUAAUUUUUAACCCCUUAAGUGGCCACUAAUUUGACUACUAUAGUGGACAAUAGAAUGUCGAAACUCUAUAGUGGCCACUAAAAACUCUCCUAGUACAGAUUGGUUUAUAUUUCAAUAUUGACUCCUUAAGUGACUAAUCUACAUUAAAUUCCUUAAAGGACCUUAUUUUUCCCCUUUUUACCGCUCAGUAACUACUCGAAUUUCAUCAAAAACCAGUUAAAUACAGUCUCGUUUCCAUUUCAAAGCUUUCCAUUGCCGAAACUCCCGUCUCACUUUCGAAAAAAUCCAGUAGUAAAUAUGUCGGCCGUCAAAUUGCGUGUGGAAUUUCACGCACUUCUUGGCGGCGGCGACGGCGAUUCCCAUAAAAAGUAAAUGGAUCGUAAACGGGGGGAUCUUACAGGCUGCAAAACCAUUGCGACUACGAGCGGAUCGAAAAGGAGCUGGAGAAAAGCAAGGAAGACGUCGAGGCCGAAAGGACCAGGGCAAUUGAGCUCGAGAAUCGGCUCGCCGAUUUUCAGGACGGUCGGGCUAGUAGUGGCAGCAGGUUGGAGCUUUUUGGAAUGGCUAGAGAUGGGGUUUGAAAUUUGCGAGGGGGAGUAAUCUUGAGUUGAGUCGUCAAUAAGGAACCCAAAAAAACAAGUUCAAGAAUUUUAAUAUUUUCACCUUCAAAAUUCACAGAGUAUGUGUUUUUUUGAGUUCCUACGACCAUGACCAUUUCUGCAAAUUUCUGGGAAAAAUUUUUUUCGAUAUUUAAUUUUUUUCAUCUAAGAUUAUCACUGAACUAGCGAUUUUGAUGAAAAAAACUAUCAAAACUUAUCCAUCAUUUUACAGGAUAUCCCUCGCGUCAAGCUCUUCCAGCUCACCCAGCGAUCCCUGUCCAUCACCACCUCUUCUGCCGCCAGUCUGCCCUCCAGCAGCUCCUCCGCCCCCACCACCCCCUCCAAUCCCCGGUGGACCUCCUAAAGACGUCGGAGAUCCGCCAAAGAAGGUCCCAACGCCCUCAGGACCUCUGAAAUCACUGAAUUGGGCCAAGUUGGGCGUCCAGAAGACGAGGAGUACCGUUUGGGACUCGAUUGAGGAUGAGAAGGUGUACAAGCAGGUGCAGAUCUGAAGAAUGAACUGGAAAAUGAAAAGAAUAUUUUUAGCUUGAUCUCGACGAUAUCGCGAUGAACUUCGCCGCGUCGUCUUCACACAAGGAUGACGACACGGAGACGAUCGCUGGCACGAUUUCCAGGCGACAUCGCGAAUCGCAGGUUUUGAUAAGAGGGAUUUCAAUUCAAAAUAGCGAGUUCAGAUCACUGUUAUCGACCCAAGGCGAUAUCAAAACUGCACGAUCAUGCUGUCGAAGCUGAAGUUGAGCCAUAAGGAGAUCAGAUCCGCCUUGAUGAGCAUGGACGAGAAAGGAAAGCUUCCGAAGGAUAUGAUUGAACAAGUUAUUGAUUUUCAAAGAAGUCUAAAAAGGAUUUGAGUUUUAGAUGCUCAAGUUUGUGCCGAGUAAGGAGGAGGUCAAUCUGAUCACCGAUGCGACAGUGAAGAAUGGCUCACCGACGGUUUUGGCCCUAGCGGAUCGAUACCUUUAUGAAGUCUCUCAGUGAGUUACUGAAGAAAAAAAUUGAAGCUCAACCUAAUUUUUUCAGAAUCCCUCGAUUUGAGCAACGUCUCCGCUGUCUCUACAUCAUCCGAACAUUCAAAGAUCGUGUCGAUGGACUUCUUCCCUAUAUCCAGUGCGUGACGAAGACUUCGACCAGUCUUCAAUCGAACAAACGCUUCCGACAGUACCUCGCCAUGGUCUUGGCUAUUGGCAACUACUUGAACCACGGCAAGCGUCUUGGCAAUGCCUAUGGUUUGAAUUAACUAUUUUCCGAUUUAUUGGAUUUUUUCCCAGGCUUCGAAUUGAACUCGCUGAACAAGCUGUGCGACGUCAAGAAUUCUCUCAGAAGCGACCGCAAUUUACUUCAUUAUGUUGUCCAGUUCAUCGAGAAGAAGUUCCCGGACAUGACGAAAAUGAAGCGAGAGUUGGCUGGCGUUUUUGAGGCGGCUAGGUUCAAGUCAGUUUAGAUUAAUCUUUUUCAGCUUUUUUUUAGCUUUUCAUUACGUACCGAGAACGUGAGAAGAAUGAAAACUACUUUUUGAAAGCAGACCAAAAGUCAUCUUCCAAAAAGUUAAGCAGACCAACGCUAUAGUUAAGCAGACCAAAAGUCAUUUUUAAAAAGUUAAGCAGACCAAAAUUGAGCUUAUAAAAAGUUAAGCAGACCAAAACUGUCCUUAUAAAGAGUUAAGCAGACCAAAGCUAGAGUUAGGCAGACCAAAAGUAAGCUUCUAAGAAGUUAAGCAGACCAACGCUGAAGUUAAGCAGACCAAAAGUCAUUUUUAAAAAGUUAAGCAGACCAACGCUAGAGUUAAGCAGACCAAAAGUCAGCUUCUAAGAAAUUAAGCAGGCCAAAAGUAAGCUUCUAAAAAGUUAAGCAGACCAAAAGUCAUUUUUAAAAAGUUAAGCAGACCAACGCUAGAGUUAAGCAGACCAAAAACAUACUUCUAACAAGUUUAGCAGACCAACGCUAGAGUUAAGCAGACCAAAAACAUACUUCUAACAAGUUUAGCAGACCAACGCUAGAGUUAAGCAGACCAAAAGUCAGCUUCUAAGAAGUUAAGCAGACCAAAAGUCAGCUUCUAAGAAGUUAAGCAGACCAAAAUUGAGCUUAUAAAAAGUUAAGCAGACCAAAACUGUCCUUAUAAAGAGUUAAGCAGACCAAAGCUAGAGUUAGGCAGACCAAAAAUAUAAUUCUAACAAGUUUCGCAGACCAACGCUAGAGUUAAGCAGACCAAAAGUCAUUUUUAAAAAGUUAAGCAGACCAAAAGUAAGCUUCUAAAAAGUUAAGCAGACCAAAAUUCAGAUUUCAAAAAGUUAAGCAGACCAAAAGUAAGCUUCUAAGAAGUUAAGCAGACCAACGCUGAAGUUAAGCAGACCAAAAGUCAUUUUUAAAAAGUUAAGGAGACCGACGCUAGAGUUAAGCAGACCAAAAGUCAGCUUCUAAGAAAUUAAGCAGGCCAAAAGUAAGCUUCUAAAAAGUUAAGCAGACCAAAAGUCAUUUUUAAAAAGUUAAGCAGGCCAACGCUAGAGUUAAGCAGACCAAAAGUCAGCUUCUAAGAAGUUAAGCAGACCAAAAUUCAGAUUUCAAAAAGUUAAGCAGACCAAAAGUCAGCUUCCAAAAAGUUAAGCAGACCAAAAUUGAGCUUAUAAAAAGUUAAGCAGACCAAAACUGUCCUUAUAAAGAGUUAAGCAGACCAAAGCUAGAGUUAGGCAGACCAAAAAUGUACUUCUAACAUGUUUAGCAGACCAACGCUAGAGUUAAGCAGACCAAAAGUCAUUUUUAAAAAGUUAAGCAGACCAAAAGUAAGCUUCUAAAAAGUUAAGCAGACCAAAAGUCAGCUUCUAAGAAGUUAAGCAGACCAACGCUAGAGUUAAGCAGACCAAAAGUCAGCUUCUAAGAAGUUAAGCAGACCAAAAAUUCAGAUUUCAAAAAAAGUUAAGCAGACCAAAAAGUCAGCUUCAAAAAAGUUAAGCAGACCAAAAAUUGAGCUUAUAAAAAGUUAAGCAGACCAAAAACUGUCCUUAUAAAGAGUUAAGCAGACCAAAGCUAGAGUUAGGCAGACCAAAAAUAUACUUCUAACAAGUUUCGCAGACCAACGCUAGAGUUAAGCAGACCAAAAUUCAGAUUUCAAAAAGUUAAGCAGACCAAAAGUAAGCUUCUAAGAAGUUAAGCAGACCAACGCUGAAGUUAAGCAGACCAAAAGUCAUUUUUAAAAAGUUAAGCAGAACAACGCUAGAGUUAAGCAGACCAAAAGUCAUUUUUAAAAAGUUAAGCAGACCAACGCUAGAGUUAAGCAGACCAAAAUUCAGAUUUCAAAAAGUUAAGCAGACCAAAAGUAAGCUUCUAAGAAGUUAAGCAGACCAACGCUGAAGUUAAGCAGACCAAAAGUCAUUUUUAAAAAGUUAAGCAGAACAACGCUAGAGUUAAGCAGACCAAAAGUCAGCUUCUAAAAAGUUAAGCAGACCAACGCUGAAGUUAAGCAGACCAAAAGUCAUUUUUAAAAAGUUAAGCAGAACAACGCUAGAGUUAAGCAGACCAAAAGUCAGCUUCUAAAAAGUUAAGCAGACCAAAAGUCAGAUUUCAAAAAGUUAAGCAGACCAACGAUAAAAUAAAUGUUGUAUUCAAAGUAAUUUUGGCGAUUCCCAUUUGACGCUUUAUUCUUUCAAAAUGAUGUCGGGAAACAGGCUGAAUUGGAAUUCCGGGAGGCUUCAGAAAAAGGGCCCUACAACGAUCUAUCGCAAUAAAUGAAUUUUUAUGGGGAGUUACACGUUAGAGCUUGAAAUAUUUGUCGAAAAUGCCCAUUCAAAAUUUGGAGUUUACGCGUAAUAGUUGCGCCGAAAUUACUUUGAACACGGAAUGAAAAAAUCAAUAAUAAAGUUAAGCAGACCAAAAAUAACGUUGAAAAAUCAACACCAAAAUUAAGCAGACCAAAAUAUCCAAUUAUUUUAGCCAAGGCGAAGUUGCCGCGGAAAUCCGAAGUCUGGAGCAAGCUCUUCUAACCGUCCGCACCGAACUCAACUUCAUCGAAUCGGCAAGGAAAGAGGAGCUCCCGGAAGACGUCAGAGACGACGCCAAGAAGGAUCGAUUCCCCACGGUCGCCAAACAGUUUGUCAACUCGUCAACAUCCGAGUUCCAUGCUCUCGAGAAGGCUUUUCAUGAGAUGAAAAACAAGGUUUUGAAGAGAAUUCGGGAUCCUCAAAAAAAUAGAUUUUCAGUUCUCGGAGUGUGCGACACACUACUGCUUCAACGCCUCGACGACGACGCCAGAAGAACUUUUUUCGGUUUUGGCAAAGUUCCUCUCGACCUUCGCCGAGUACCACCAACAGUUGUGGGCUGAAGUUGAAGAGGAGGAGAAGAUCAAGCGUCAGACCAUCGCCAGGACUUUCCUCGCCAAGAAGUGUACGUCUAGGACAUGGUGUUCAGCUACUUUGCAUUUUUCAGCCACCAGUCGUCGGAAAGAAAAGGAACGCGACUUUGAGCAAUUGAUCAGCGCCUUGCAGUCCGGCGACAUCUUCAAGGAGGAGCUCAGUCGUUUACGGACCUCCUUCAGGCCUAAGAAGACGUCGAAGGCGGCUUGA